UUUAUCAGUCAAGGUUUGGGAUUCAUACUGUUCGUCGAAGUCCAGUGCUGAUGAAGAUCGCACUGGUGUUGCUGCUGCUGGGAUUCGCGUCGGCGGCCCCACCCAACCAACAGGUCUACAGAGGCGAGGAAGUGGAAGUCGCUGAGCAACCAGUGGCUCAAUUAGUCAACAAGAAUUUGACUCCGGAACAGAAAAACUUGCUGACGGAAGAACUUGUUAAUGAUUACGAGAACGAGGUUGUGAGGAUGUACACCCUGAAGACACUCGCAGAAGGCUUCAAACUUGAAGAAGCUGCUGAAGAGAAAAUCAUUCAAGCAGCUGUAGAAACUCUCCAGGAAGAACCUAGCCCAGAGAGAACACAGAGGUUACAAGAGGUGGGUGAGUUGCUGAGGAGAGACAAAAGAGCUGUCCAAGUGCUGUCUGGUCUUCUAGGAAGCAGCAGUGGCGGCGGUGGGGAUGGCUCGACUGCGAGUGCAUCGGCUGGUUCUGACUCCGGUUCAAUCCUAAGCUUGGUCGGUCCGUUGCUAGGCAGCAGUAGCGGUGGUGGCACUAUUGAAGACCAGGGAGGUGAUGAGAACGAUUCUGGUUCAAUCCUCUCUAUUUCACUUCCACUAUCCACAUCGUCUUCUGAUUUCGGAGGCGGCGGCGGAAGUGGAGGAGACGGGGCUAGCGCUGCUGCAGGAUCUGACUCUGGCUCCAUCCUUGGACUCGUUGGACCACUUCUUGGUUCUAGCUCUGGAGGUGGCGGCAGUGGAGGAGAUGGAUCUAGCAAUUCUGGAGGAUCUGGCUCUGGCUCUAUCCUUGGACUGGUUGGACCACUUCUUGGUUCUAGUUCUGGUGGCGGUGGAGGAUCCACUGAUGGAGGAGCUUCAGUCUCUGGAGGUUCAGAUUCAGGCUCCAUUCUCAAUCUUAUCCUUCCUCUCAUAUCUUCCUCAUCAAGUUCUGGAGGUGGAGGUGAUGGCGGCGGCAGUGGCCUUGGAAGUAUUCUAAGUUUAUCUAGCUCUAGCAAACCAGGAGUAGGAGGUGGAGCAGGAGGCGGAGGUGGUGUUGCAGUAGAUGGAGACCAAUCAGGUGGAGGAGCAGGAGUAAUCGGUCAAAUCAAAGGUGCUAAAAUUGCACUGGUUGGGGAUAAAAUCAACCUACUUAUGAGGGCAAAGUUUGGUCUCAUUAACAAGGUACUUACGACCAUUACAAACAAAAUAGCUGUCGCAUCUCUACCACCAAAUGCAUGGAACAUGGACUUGAAAUAUCCAAACCCCUAAAGAGUCUUAUUUUUUUUCUGAGAAAUGCUCAAUAUUAUUUUUAAUUUUGUAUAUCAAGUGACUUAAAAGAUAUUCUUGGUAUCAGGAAUGUACUAAGAUUUAUAGUUCUGAAGAAAGACUUAUAUAUACCUAGCUCAUACUCUGAAAACUUCAUUUCAAUAAAUUAAAUGUUACCAAUUUCUGACAAGAAUUAAUAAUUUGCAUUUUUUCACAAUUGAAGUUAAAGUAUAACAUGUUUUGUUGAUUCUGUCUGUAUUAAGUAAAAUUAAUUUCUUAUUAUUUGUAUUUUAUGUAUUGUAUAUUUUUAAAUAUAUUAUUGAUACAGUCUGAAUAAAAAAUUCUUUUUAAAAUAAUAAGCUUGAAAACAUUAAAUGAAUUGUUAUAUAUGUAUGUAAUUAAAGUUGUUGCUAUUUAUGUUAAAAUAAUUAUUUAUUAUUUAUAAAAAUAAAUUUUAAUACGCCAGAAUUUAAAAAAUGCAG